AAGUUCCACGGUUGAUUAAUGGGUAAAAUUGGAUUGGAUGCAAUGUGCAGUCGAAAAUAUAAAAUAGGGGUUUUUUGUUAGUUAAAAUAAUAGAGGGACUGUUUGCAAAUUGAGAUAACACAAGGGUUUUAAAAGCAAUUUAGCUAUGACGGAGUUUCACAAUUAAAACCGUGUACGAGCACAUAGCUAAUUCUCUCCCACUUCGAACCCUAACCUUUAACAAUCGUCAUUAUUUUCCGAAAAUUAAAAUUCUUCCUCCCUCCGGCAACUAGAUUGGAACCAGUUUUCCUUUCUGCACCUGUAAUUUGAGAGGGAGUAGGUGAAGAUAUAUUCUGGAGCUAGAUUAUACUCUCACAGUUUGUUGAAUAGGAAUGUCCACUGCUGAGGCAUCCCCAAGUAGCCUUGGGCCGAGAUAUGCUCCGGAUGAUCCAACUCUACCCGAACCCUGGAAAGGUUUAAUUGAUGGAAGUACAGGCGUUUUAUAUUAUUGGAAUCCUGAAACAAAUGUUACUCAGUAUGAAAAACCGGCUUCUGUGCCACCACCUUUGCCGCUUGGGCCACCACCUGCAGCUUCCACACCUAAGAUGAAUCCUGUACCGGCAGCCAGAGACAGUACUCAAGUUCCUCAAAAUCAGCAAAUGGUGCAAACACAUCAACAAAUGCAUGUAGUUUCACAGGCCACUCAACAGCAAGCUGGACCUCCUGGGCAGUUUCAGGGGUCAUACAUGGGGCCAAUUCAACAUGGACCGGAGCAAGUGAGACCACAAAUGAUGCAACAGCAUGGUCAACAAGGGCCAUCUCAGUGGGGACAAAUGUCUACACAGCCAGGGCAACAAGGAUUUCAGCAGUCAAUGCAGCAAAUCCCUAUGCAGACAGGGCACCAAGCUCCUUAUCAGUCAAUGCAGCAAAUGCCCCAUGUCCAACAUGGUCAAAUGUACCCUGGUGCGCAGAUGGGAUCUCCACAUGGUUAUCAAUUUAGCCAUCAGCAUUCACAAUACAUGGUGCAUCAGCAGAAUGUGCCUCCUCAAGGGCCACAAAGCUCCUUGCAACAGGUGCCUCACAAACAAGAGCAUAAAAUGGAACCUGGUCAGAGAGACGAUAUUGAUUUUAAUCAAGGGAAACAGCCAGGAUUUUCACCCGCCAAUCAGCAUUUGGUACAAGGGCAACAAUUUCCUCAUCUCCGAGAGCAAAAAACUGGAAUUCCUCAGAGAGAUGAUGUUGAGUUUCAACAAGGAAACCAGGCAGGGUUUUCACCUGGCCAGACUCGGACACCAUCUGUGCAGAAGAUGAGCAUUCAGCUAAGUCAAAAUGCACAGUAUGGGGGAUCAUCUGCUAAUACGCAACAGAACAAUCCUUCGGCUCAUGUGCAGCAAACAGGAGUGGAAUUACCACACGCACAACAUGGUUCUAGGUUUCAGAAUCAGAUAGGCCCUGGGAUGGUGCAUGGCCAGCAGCAGAAUCCACCGCCUGGUAGAUCAAAUAGGCCAUAUGAAGAAAACCAUCCUGGGAGACCUGGAAAUGAUUUAUUUUACAACACUCCAACUGAUGUCAGUGCAAUGCCCCCUCAUUUACCCAAACUUGCACCACUACCCAUGACCAGAAAUCAGCAGGAAAUGAGGACUGGUGAUUUCCCCCCUCAAAAUGUUGCACCCAGUCUUCCAGUGAAUAUGAAUGGUCCUGGAGGCCCUCCCUUGCAUGGGGCCUAUGGUCAUGCAUCUGCUGCUCCUCCAUAUCCAAACAAUAAUUUUGUGAGGCCUCCUUUGGCAAUGAUGGGAUCUUCAGAUCCUAUUCAUUUAUCAGCUGCAGAAAUUUAUCGUCAAAAGCACGAAGUCUCAGCCACGGGCGAAGAUGUUCCAGCUCCAUUUAUGACGUUUGAAGCCACUGGAUUUCCACCAGAAAUACUGCAGGAGAUACAUUUUGCUGGUUUCUCUGCUCCCACACCAAUUCAGGCACAGACGUGGCCUAUUGCUUUACAGGGCAAGGACAUAGUUGCUAUUGCGAAGACAGGAUCUGGGAAAACGCUAGGAUACUUGAUGCCGGCAUUCAUACACCUCAAGCGAAGGCGUAAUAAUCCUCAGAACGGCCCAUCUGUUUUGGUAUUGGCUCCAACCAGGGAGCUUGCCACCCAAAUCCAAGAUGAAGCGAUCAAAUUUGGGAGAUCAUCUAGGUUCUCUUGCACGUGCUUAUAUGGUGGUGCUCCAAAAGGACCUCAGUUGAAAGAGCUAGAACGGGGAGCAGAUAUUGUUGUGGCAACUCCUGGUCGGCUCAAUGACAUCCUUGAGAUGAAGAGGAUUGACUUCAGGCAGGUCUCGCUUCUUGUUCUUGAUGAGGCUGAUAGAAUGCUGGAUAUGGGAUUUGAGCCUCAGAUCCGUAAGAUUGUGAAUGAGAUUCCUCCGAGAAGGACCCCAUGUUGGCUUCGUACGAGCUGCACUGCCGUCUUGAAUAAAUCCUGA